AUGUCGCUCCCAACCUCGCACAAAGCCGCAGUAGUCCCAGAACCCGGCGCACAACACACCAUUACCGACCGUUCCCUCUCUCCCCUCGCCGCUGAUGAAAUCGCAGUCAAGAUCACAGCCACGGCCAUCAACCCAGUCGACUGGAAGAUGCGAGACUACCGAAUCUUUCUCACCGAAUACCCCGCUGUCCUUGGUUCUGAUGCAGCUGGAGAAGUUGUAGCUGUCGGAUCUUCCGUCAAAUCUCACUCUGUCGGCGAACGAGUCUUUUUCCAAGGUAUUCUCGGAAAAUACGAUCACUGCACUUACCAGCAGUACACCAAGGUCCCUGCUGCACUCGCAGCCAAGACUCCUCGCAAAGUAAACGAUGAACAAGCAUCCACCUUCUGGGUGGCCGGUAUGGCAGUCGCCACAGGUCUAUACCACAAGUCUGGUCUAGGACUUGCUGCUCCUUGGGACAAGAACGGUGAUCAGAUCGGAAAGGGAAAGACCGCCGUUAUUCUGGGUGGUUCUUCUAGUGUGGGACAGUACGCUAUUCAAAUGGCUAGACUUUCUGGCUUCGACCACAUCGUUACUUCCUCCAGCCCUUCGCACUUUGACUUCCUCAAAUCCCUCGGUGCAACCGAAGUAUUGGACCGCAGCGAAGCAACCACUGCAGACAAAUUCGUCGCCUCCCUUCCCAAAGAUUCCAAAGUCGAAUGGGUAUACGACACUAUCUCUUCCGCUCAAACCCAAUCCCUCGCCGUUGGCAUCCUCCAACACUUGCAGGGUGGAAAAGUGAUCGUGGUCAUGCCAGCUGACGAAAAAGCAGUCAAACUUUCCGAUGAAGAAGGCAAACCAGAGGUCACCGUUGUUAGCAUCCUCGGUCUUGGCUCUCACCCAGAGUAUCGCUACGUGAGUGAGCCUUUGGCUGCUCAUUUGGGUGGUGAAGAAGGAUAUGUGGCUCAAGGAAAGAUCGUUCUGAACAGACCCGAAGUUGUUGAAGGAGGUCUGGAGAAGGUCGAGGAAGCACUCAAGAGGAAUAAGGAGGGCGUUUCUGGUGUUAAGGUAGUCAUUCGUCCCAAUGGUCCUUGA